CGUGACCGUCAGCAGCUUUGCGGCAGCGGGACGACUGACGGCUUAGCUGUAGAGGAAGUUAGUGGAGGCAGCCAGGCAGGCAACCGCGGUACUAUGUAACCUACACGAACUGGAUACAUCAUUGCACUUAGAAAGCGGAAGGCAGCAGCAUUCAUGGAUAUUGUGGACACUUUUAACGUUUUAAUACCAAGUGACCAGUUGGACGACACGCUCAUCAUAGGUCAAAAUUUGGAAUGUGAAGCCAGUAAUGAGUUUGGACCAGGACUCUGCCUCGAAGAUUCUCUGAAGAACAUGCUGAGUGACACAGAUCCCAUGUUUGGAUGCGCAACUUCUCAGUUUAACCUGCUGGAUAAUGAGGACUCUGCUUUUACCAUUACAGGCUCAGCAGAUAUCAGUGGUGGUCCAACAUCCACUGGCCUCGGUGACAACCUGGCAGUAACACAGAUGAAUCCAGUCAGAAACAGAAAACCUGUAGGCAGACCCAGGAGACGUCCAUGUAAUGUACAAUUAGAUUCCAGUGAUGGUCAAGAGCCUGCCGAGAUUACCGAAGAAGCUUCACCUAGUGGACGACUGGCUGGAAGAAAACUUUGUAACAGGCUACAGAGGUCAUUUCUCAUAAAGAAAGGAGUUAAAGGCGUACAGUUGAAGAAAGAACUAACUCUGGGUGGACGCAUCAAUAUUAACGAUAUUGAGGGUGGAUUAUGGUUAAAACCUUCUGUUGUGUUGAAAAGGCUGACUGUCACCAUUGGAGGAUUCAAGAUUGAACUACUUCCUGGGCCAUCAUAUCUUCAGGAUUCCGAAGCCAAUUUUGACAGUAAUUUUUCCUAUGCUGCGGAUAUUGGGUAUUCCAUGUUGUCAGAUGAUGGCAUCUCCGCUCAGAAUCCUGUUCCGGAAGAAGUCACAGAUCAGGAUGUAACUGAGAAGAUGUGUGUUGAUGAUACACCACUUGGAUUAGGUCCUUAUGUCAACCCCAAUGAUGUUCAGGCAGCUAACGGGACACAAAUGAAAAUGUGCACUCAAGAAGCUAAAGAUGACAAUCAGAUUGUGGUGAAAAAGGAGAAGCAUGUCAAUGAUAGAAAAUGUGGUACUAAAUCGCCACCAGACAACAGUACUAGGGCAAGCAACAAAGUGGACAGUAAGGAAAAGAAACCAAUAAUAGCCAAAAACCAGCUGCAAUCCAAGCAACCAAUCAUUUCCAAUAAAAAAUGUGUGAUAAGUGAACAAAGCAGCAUGACUAAAAGAACUACUAUUUCCCAAAAUGUAACAUCCAAAGUUGUCCAUAGCAGUGACCUUCACAAAUUAAAGUCUCCGAAAGAGAGGAGAAGCAGCAGUGAACAUUUAAAAAGGCGGGGUGAAACCCCCCUCAGUGAACAUGCCUCAAAACACCCAAAGAUGCAAACAGGAGAUCCCAAAGUUAAGCCCUUCUCUCCUGUUAAGAAGGCGCCAUCUAGUGGUAGCCGUGUAGUUGAACAACACAGUCUGUCCAAACUCUCUCAUAACCUCAACGCUUUGAAAGCAGAUUCUUCAAACACCUCACAUGUCACCCGUCCGCUGCAUUGCUCCAAAACACCAGAGGAAGUAGCACAGGAGAAGCCUAAAAUGAAGAAGCCUGAAAAAAUCCUACAGAAGCAAAGGAGUAAAACUGCGAGAAGCAUCUCUUUGGAUGAGCCACAGCUGUUUAUCCCGGACAAUGCUCCGGUUGUAAAAAAAGAAAGUGUUGAGCAACAGGUGCAACACCAUCAAGAGGAACCUGCAAAUAGUGAGUCUGUGUGGGAUGGAAACAAUUGCUGUGGCCAGUGCAAGAAACACCACAACAAUAUGUUCAUGGUAGGCUGCGGCCGCUGUGAUGACUGGUUUCACGGUGACUGUGUUGGUCUUGAUCUGCUCAAAGUACGUGAGAUGGAAGAGGAGGACCAGAUGUACGUGUGUUUGAAGUGCUGUGAGGAGGAAAGCAAAAAGGUGGAGCUCGAAAACCCUGCCAAUCCCGCGGCAGAAAUCAAGACCGAAGUCCCUGCUCAUAAGCAGCCUCCGAAAGCCAAGCCAGGAGUCACUGAAGAGCUGAUAUCCACUCACAAAGCCAGGCCCGGUGCUUCUGAUGAGCUGACAUCAGGGGGGGGCAGAUCUUUACGAAAGGAGCAAGGUAGAUCAUCAGCAGAUGUUAAAGAAACUCAUCAUAAAACAGGCAUUCAAUCGAAACUUGAGGCAAAAAGUAAAAGUGCAUCUUCCACUUCAAAAAAGCCCGCAUCGAUGGAGGAGAUCAGGCGCAGUGUGCGUGAUUCUUUGAAAGAAAUUCUUGUACAGAGGUUGAAGGAGUCUGAUUUGAAUGUCCCAGUAGAGAAAGCUUCUGAGGUUGCCAAGAAGACUGAAAGAGAACUUUUCUACAUGUAUAAAGAUACCGAAAACAAAUACAAGAACAAGUAUCGAAGCUUGAUGUUUAACCUAAAAGAUACUAAAAAUAAGGUUCUCUUUAAGAAGGUUCUCAAAGGAGAAAUAUCUCCUGCUAAUCUGAUCCGAAUGAGUCCUGAGGAACUGGCUUCUAAAGAACUGGCUGCCUGGCGGAAAAGAGAGAACCGACACACAAUAGAAAUGAUUGAAAAAGAGCAAAGAGAGGUUGAGAGGCGUCCAAUCACUAAAAUCACACAUAAAGGGGAGAUUGAGAUCGAGAGUGAAGAACCAGUGAAAGUACCUGAGCCUGUAGAGGUGCAGGUUGAGUCACCAGUCAAGGUCCCAGAAGUGCCAGAAGAGCCUCCGAGUGCCCCGGAGAAGCUUGCAGAGAGCACUGAGACUGAGAAAGACACUACCAACAAACACAAGUCUCAUUUAUUUGACCUCAACUGCAAAAUCUGUACAGGCCGCAUGGCACCCCCGGUGAAAGAGGCACCCACCAAAGUGGUCAAAGUUGCUACUACAGUGGCUAAGCGACUGUCUUCCAAAAGCGAGGAGUCAUCGCCCACUGUUGAAGAUGACCUGCACCUCGCCGUUUUAGAGGAGAGCUUUCAGAAGGCUCACACCACCUAUGAUCAAAAAGCUGAUCAUGCAGCUGGCCAAGAUGAGGAAAUAACGUUCCUCUCCUGCCUGAAAUCCCUGUGGCGAGGUUUCCUUACUAUGAACUCUGUGGCCAAACUUGUCACAAAAGCUUUCCCUGUGUCAGGCAUUAUGGAAAACUUGACUGAGGAUCUCCCUGACAGUAUUCAGGUUGGCGGGCGGAUAAGCCCGCAGACUGUGUGGGACUACUUGGAGAAGAUACGUGCUACAGGAACUAAAGAAGUGUGCCUGAUUCGCUUCUCCCCUGUAACUGAGGAAGAUGAGAUUUCCUACACUCUCCUAUAUGCUUACUUCAGCAGCAGGAAGCGCUUUGGAGUGGUGUCAAACAACCGCAAACAAGUGAAGGACAUGUAUCUCCUUCCUUUAGGUGCUACUGAAAAAGUGCCACACCAGCUUGUGCCUUUCGAUGGACCAGGUCUGGAAAACAACCGAGUAAACCUUCUCUUGGGCCUUAUAAUUCGUCAGAGGCCGAAAAUUGAUUAUCUUCCCGUUGACAUCAACAAACCCACGAGAAUGUCUCCUGAAGUCCAGCCCGUCCCAAUUCCUGUCCAUGAAACUCCUACAGAAGAAGAAGAUGAAAAACUAUUCCUGGCGUCCUUGACUACUCCCAAUAAAAGCGAGAAGGAUAAAUUACGAGAGACUGAAGAUGCUACAGAGGAGCCCAUCACAGAAUCUUUUGAAGAACCGUCUGCUGUGGAAAACAGCGGUCAGGACUCCCUUAAGCCCUUGCGAUUUCUUCCAGGUGUGUUACUUGGCUUGGGUGGACAUCUCCCGCCGCUGCCAGAUUUUGGAGGAAAGCCUCUUGAUGACACAGGCAAAGACCAACCCGCUAAGAAAACACUUGCGAAGAAAAAAGAAAUGCCAUCCAGCGAGAGCUCCGAGGGUCCAGAUGUUACCGUUGCCACUGCUGCGCCUCGAGAACGCUUUGUCAUCAAGAAAAAAGAAGUCAAACCUGUCCAAGCUGAACCACAGUCAACCAGCCAGGCGGACGUUGCAAACACAUCACCAGGAAAAGAUGCUGAGGCCGCACCUCGAGGUCCCCCUGUCUCCCUGAGAGAUAAACCCCCGGAUGUUUCCACAGAAGCGUUCUUAGAAAGCUUGGCAAAGUGUCAAAAUGAGAGUGAAACAACCAGCGUUGAUACCAUCAAGAAAAAUGACACUGCACUUCUCCCAGAUUCAGACAAAAUCAAGUUGGAAUCGCAGGUGGUGUCAGAUCACACAAAUACAGCCAAACCUCUAAGUGGGAUAUUGAAAAAGAUUUCCACCUUUUCAAACGUAACUGAAAACAAAGCCAGUGAAAGUAGCCACGUUGCCCCUGUGGAUACUAAACACACUUUUGCGUUGAGUGCCAGUAAAAAUCGGUCAGUUACAACAUUUCAUCAAGGCUUUUUACAGAUGUCUCAGACCAAACACAAGCUUAAGGAGCAUCAAGAUCCCGCAGAAGUCCAUCUGAGAGACACUGUAACUCAGGCAGGAAACCCUUCUGCAGUCCAACAAGAUGCAGAGACAGUGCCAGCUGUCCCAGCAUGCAACACUGCUGCACCCGUCCACGAUCAGCAGCACCAGCCUCACGUACCCGGCAGCAACCACGAUCCAUCUGUUCUGAACUCCUACAACAACUCGUACGUCCAGGAGCAGAACCACAACACGCCACAGGCACAGGAGAGCGAUUUAGUCACAGCACACGUUGAGGGUCUCUCCCAACCAGCUAGCCAGCUUUCAUCGGAGGCCAAAGAGGAAGUCCAGGAGGAGCUCUACACCUACCGUCACCCGUGGGAGGAGAGGGAGCAGUACAGCGAGGAAAGGGAAGAGCACCACGAGAGGCAAAGCCACCGAAGAGACUCGCACCACGGUAAGAAGAGCAGGCACCACCACGACAGGGAGCGCAACAGGAAGCACGGCUACAGCGACAAGCACAGAGACAGGAACAGGCACCACAGAUAUUCGGAGGACCACUACGGUGAAAAGCGGAAAGAGCGAUACUGUAGCGACGACCACAGUGGCCGCCACAAGGAACGCCACAGACACCGGCGGGACUCAGACUAUGAAAAUGGGCGAAGGAGCUCAAGAGACAGUUAUUUGUAAUGAUAAGUUUAUUAUUAUUAUUAUUAUUUUUUUUUAAACUUUUUUUUUUUUUUUUUUAAUGAAGACACCAAGCCUCGGUGAUGAGUGUUGAUGCUCUGAGACUCAGUCCCUGAUUCAAACCACUUUUUGUUUUGAGAUAUGUACUUUCAGUUGUGUCCUAGAUGUCAUCAGUGUGCAGCUUAUGUCACAUCCGGUGAUGAGUCCUCUGUUAUAAUGGGUUGUUGUUUUAGUGGAGAUACAAAGUUCAUGAUUGCGUUUCAAUUUGUCAACACCUUGUAAAAGUAACAACACCACUGCAGAAACGUCACUUUUUGAGAUUUACCUUGGACGAGUUAUUCAUUAAUACAGUGGAAAACUAAACAUCCAUUUCUGUUCCAAUGUUAGAUUAUCCUAUGUAGGUCUGGCUAGAAUUUGACAAGUUUUUUUUUAUUGCUUUCCCAAAAUCUGAAAAGGGGCCAUUUCCAAUUUUAAAUGUUAACAUUUUUAUAUUAGAUAUCUUGUUUCUACUGAUCUGCUGUGACAUGUUUUCAACCUCCUGUUAAAUAAAGCUCAAUGACAUUAGGUCAAAGAACUUUGGAGAAGAGGUCACAUUUACAAUGUAAAUAUCUUUAAAAGAGGCACCUAUUGAACAGCAUCUUGUGUUCCCAAGUUGGUUCCAUUAAUUGCUUUAAAUAUUUUAUAAUCUUACUUUAUACCAGAAAAUCAUUGUACAUUUUGGCUUGUAAUAUACCUUAAGAAAUUAAGUGUGCCUUUGCACGUCUGUAUGUACAGUUGGUAAUAAAGUUAAUUUUUUUGUCAUUAAAAAAGAUCACAAAUUUCUGUGUAUAGUAAAGUAUAUUAAAGAUACCGUCACCCAAACAACACAGCUGUAUUAAAUAUACUUAAAACUGACUCUAUAUAUGAGUACAUGUUCUGAGUUUGGUCUGGAAGAUCAUUGUAUGAAAUGAAAUAUUCUGUGAACAUUCUAGAAAAUACUUCACAUUUAAACUGUCACAUUCACAAAAUCUUUAUUAACUCCACAGAAAUAAUGACAUUUUACAUUGUCAUGCAUAUACAGAGAGAUAUUAACCACUACUAAAAAAGGUCAAACUAAAGCGGCAGAUCCUUUGCCCUAAAUGUACUCGGAGGAACUCCGAAUUCUCUCCAAACCAUUUUUUUCCAAGACCAAGAUACAAUUUUACACAACUGGAAAAAGCAAUUUCUGGACAAAAUUGCAGUGGUAACUUUGCUAUGAUGGUCAGUAAACAAGACACAUCAUGUUGAUAUUGGGGCGCUUUGUAUUCACUUACUGUUAAUUUGGGGGCAUUAAGGGGUCACUCCCUCUCAAUGGAAUUGACGUAUAUUGGUAUAGAUUUUGUGGGUCCUAUUCACCGUUUUUGGACCCAAUAGGGACUUGUUUGGGGGUUCUAUUAUAUGAAUGGGAGAAAAUUUUGUAGGUUCGUUGCAAACUUUUUUUGGUCAUGUUUCCCCCAAUUUUUUUUUUAGGACAAGUGAGUGAAACAGUUUGAAGUCGGAACAGUUGAGAUCGUACAGGGGCAAUGACGUACAUGGGAAUGAAUGGAAUGUUUUUGAUUUAAAAAAUGACCACUAUUAGUGCAAUUUUUGCGGUCCGUCUGUAGAUUUUUUUUAAGGUCUGGGCUGAAAAUUCUUGAGUGAAUUUUUUGCGAUCUUGGAAAUGAAUGGGACUAGGUCAAGAUUGGGACAUUUUGGUAAAUUAUGUGAAAUUAAGAUAAAAUUCUGGUCAGAAUUGAAAACAUUUUAAAUAUUUGGUCCAGUCAUCAGCCAAGAAUACACUGGCUCUACUUAAAAAAAGAAAAAAUUUGCAUUCAACGUUUUAAGUAAAUUCAACUAAGCCAAGAUUCAAGGGCAUAGGUUUGGUCUCAACAUUGGUAGGGACGAUAAAACAGCAUAACCUGCACGUACACCUUUUGCUGGGGACGGGACAUUAAUAAGACCAAACAGAUUGGGUGAACGGGGGUCAGGGAUACAUUUUUUCACAAAUAUGAACCUAAUUAAUUGAUAGGCUAAAUAAUCAAUUCCAAAUAAAUCUGUAUUGACUUAUACUAACGUUCAUAUUUAUUAGUUCAAGUGAUACAUCGUUUAAUUCAAACCUUUGUUUUCAAAAACUACUAAAGAAACAUUUUUAAAAACUUCCAGGGUAAAUGUAUGGAUUUUUGUUGUUGUUCAGCAAAUUGAAAUUGCAAUGUUUGAAUGGAAUUGAAUUUAUAUUAACAUACACAAUAAUCUCCUAACUAUCCAGGAAUGCAAAAAAUAAACAAUUAUCUUAAGACCACUGAACAUGUUCGUCUAAAUAACACUAAUAGCCAAAAAAAAAAAAAAAAAAAAAAAUUAAGCUUCCUUCAAGUAAAACACUACUGCUUUUGACCACAAAAACAACCAAACUACAAAAAAAAAUGAAAGCUCCUUUGAGCUGCUUUAAGACCACAUAAAUAAAAUAAAAAUCAAAACUAGAAAGAAGGGGUUAAACCUCGGUUCACUACAUUUCUCAAAAUUAACGUUAACAGUAGAAAGCAAACUGAAGGACACUUCUCUCUAAGCAGCUUCCUACUCGAGUUUUGCAGGUUAGCAAAUUCAUACAGUUAAAUGUUAUGCCAACUGUGAUGCAGGUCAGACUUUCAGUAGCAAAAUUCGUGAUGUGUUCCCCAACUCCACAACAUUGACGUCUUUUUACAUUACUUCCUGUGGUUGCUGCUGCUGCUGGCCGAAAUAAAAUUCUAAUAUCCAUCGUCUUCAAAGGGGGUGGAGUAAGCGGCAUGUUGUCGACAUGUUGUAUUUUUGUC